AUGCCCCUGGUCAUCCAUCCCGUCGCCCUGGCCAAACUUCGGGACAUUCGACCAUUUGAGACGUUUCUGCUUGGCGAUUUCAACUUCUCGGCUCCAGGCGAGGGCAUUCAGUAUGUGAGUGGCGGGAUCCACCAGAUGGCCAUCGACGGCCUCGCGCGCCUCUUGUUCCCCGACAUGCUGGAGGACUUCAACAGCGGCUUGAUGGUAUUUAUCCCGAAAGGCUCCCACCAAGAAGAUGUGAACAGCUUCUGGCGCACCCCCGAUGAUGUUCGCCCGAUAACAUUAAGUAACACGGGUGCAAAGAUCAUAGGCUCGGCGCUGAACAAGGCCGUCUCCGACCAGUGCGAGUUAGGCGCCAGUGAGGCCCAGAACGGCUUUGUCCGCGCGCGCCUGAUGUCUGACAACAGUUUGAAGCUUGAGGACAACAUGCUGCGAUAUGGCAUCUUGCAGUGCAGCGCCGGCUCCGUCCUCCUGGAUGCGGGGGCGGCCUUCCCGAGUUUACUGCUCUUUUGGAUCGAGUUCGCGUUGGCUAACAUGGGGUUUCCAGACUUUUUCUUGAAUUCGGUAAAGGCUCUCUAUGGCAAAAUCUCCGUGGACAUGCUCCUGGGAGGACUUGCACAGAGCCCUGCCAGUGCUGAUGCGUAUUCUGGUGCGGGCAUCGCUGGUCACAGGCUCCUGUCCGGGCCGCGCCGCGGGACGCCCGCGCACCACCAGCGCCCAGCGGGCGGCGCGGGCCGUGGCCUCGGUGCCGGGGAGGCCGCCGGCCAGGCCACCGCCAAGGCGGCGGCCACCGCGGAGGUGCUGGCGUGCGGGCUGCUGCUCCCAGGCCUCGGCGAGCCGCCCAAGGAGGCCUCGGGCGCGGGCGCCGCGGCCGAGGGCAAGCGCGGCCAGCCGCCGCCGCCGCUCGGCCAGGACGACAGGGACCGGGUGGCGGACGCUCCGUCGCCGCUGAGGCGCCAGCGCAGGGCUGGCCCCGACAGCUUCACCGCGGCCCUGAAGCCGGCAGAGAAGGGCGACCCGGAGGCCGCGGCGGGCGCGCCCCCUGGCCGGCGGGGUCCGCCAGCGUUGGUUGUCGCUGGGCGCGUCGCCGCGGGCGGGGCAGACGCCGAGGCGCUGGUGCGCGGCAGAGAGGCGUGGCGGCGGCUGGACGCGGCAGAGCUUUUCGUCGGCUCCCCGCCCGCCUCGCCGCGCGCCGCGGAGGCCGGCUUGGCUCUCCCGUCGGAGCCGCUGGCGCCGGCGACGGAGGCCGGCUUGGCUCUCCCGUCGGAGCCGCUGGCGCCGGCGACGGAGGCCGGCUUGGCUCUCCCGUCGGAGCCGCUGGCGCCGGCGACGGAGGCGGCCGACCAGCGGCAGCGGGCCUGGCGGGCGCUGGACGCGGCCCAGGUCCUCGUGCUCUCGGCCCCGGCGUCGCCCGUGAGCCGGCAGGCCAGCGUCGCGCCUCUGAGGAGCGCGGUCUGGGACGCCAGCGCCGCCCUCGAGCUGUGCCGGCAGGGCGACGAGGCCAAGUACGAAGGCAGAGUGCGGCUCCUCGACCCGGGGGCGCACUCCUCCGUCCGCGCCGCCGCCGAGGCGCUCGGCGAGGGGCGCCUGCAUUGCCCGGAGGGCUUCUGCGCGGUCCUCUCCGCGGAGCGGCGGCGGUGGUACGUCCUCCACGCGGCCUGGGCGCCCGCCAGCGCCCUGGCCGCCCUCGGCUUCCGACCCGCGCCGGCGCAGCGCGGAGGGGCAGUCGCGGUGGCCCCCGCCGGCGGCUCCAGCGGCCCGCCGUCCCCAGGCC